AUGCCCCUCGGCGGCUUCUCGGGGUCCCUCAGGUCGCCCAAGAUCGACGUCCUCAUCGACACGGGGAAUCCCUUCCUCAACCGCACCGUCGACGGCUUCCUCAAGAUCGGCGCCGUCGGCGCCUGCAAGGUGGUCGCCGAGGAGACCUUCGAGUGCCUCCACAGGGCCAGGGGUACUGUUGCUGGAGUUUAUGUGGGCAUGGUGUAUGGCGUGGAAAGGGUCCGUGGUCGUAACGACUGGAAGAAUGCGAUGAUCUCCGGCGCCUUAUCUGGUGCCCUGAUCUCCGGCGCCAGCAACAACCACAGAGACAGGAUCAUUAAGGAUGCCAUUACCGCUGGCGCGGUCGCAACAGCCGUUGAGUUCAUCAACUGCCUUACCUAG